GCUGACGAAAACACAAGUCUGGAGAACAUAACUGAAGAGGAAGAACCAAAUGAGGACGAUCCAGUUCAAACAGAUACAGCCGCCGACACAGAUGGAAGAAAAACAGGCAUCAUAGGUACCAUUUACUAUAUUCAUGAGUACAAUAUUAUUUGUAUAGUUUGAUGAAUAUUAAAUUUAAUAUAUUUCUUGGUUUUCAGCACUUUUGAAACAAAUGUAUGAAAAAACUAAAAAAAUAGAGCAAAGGCAGACAAACUUGGAAAACAAUAUCGAAGAGAUUAAGCAACUUCUACUUUCUAGAACAGAGACUUUGACUCACCCUAAAGAUUUACCAAAGCUGCCUCUACAAGCUUAUGCUGAUUCCAAACACUUGGAGGAAAAAAUAAAUCGAGAAGAGUCACAGAAAGACUAUGUUAUUAAAAGACUGUGUUUAGCUGCUAGAGGGACCAGUGAUAAAGAAUGCGCCAAGCGAGUGAUGGAAAAAUUAAUGUCCAAUCAUGUUGGUACCUUUUACAGUUGGCAGGGAAGUGGCGGAAGAAAAGAUUCAUUUAAAAACACUGUUAUGAUGGAGACUGUAAGACUUGCAAUAAAGAAACUUCGUCAGCAUGUGGAUAUGGGUACUGCUGAAGACGCAAUAAAAGACUGGCUCAAAUCAAGAAAAUUUGCCAAGAAUAAUGCUAUUCCUAAUAUUGAAUAGAAUCUGAAAAAAAAUGUAUCCAUUUUAUUUUUAAGAUUUGUAAUAA